ACAGGUGAUGCCAACACCGAUCGGCGACUGCACCGACACGCUGGAGUCAAACACCGACAUCCAAGCUUCAAAGUCACGAUACUGCUCCAGAAUUUAUCCGCGGGCCAAUUGCGUGUCAUCUUCGUCGCAGGCACCGGCGGCAAAAUGCGUGAUGUAGGGCUAUCGUCAAUUUGUGGACCCUGAAGCUUGGUCGCGGCUUCUGAGCAUGACAACAUACUAUCUCUCCAUGUCCGCCGAAACUUUCGAUUCCAUUCAAUCAAUUCUGUUCACACCUUUACAACAUCACGACCAUGGCUGAUCAAUUCCUGGGUUUCGAUCUGAGCACCCAGCAGCUGAAGGGAAUUGUUGUCGGAUCCGAUCUCAAGCUUCUGCAAGAAGCAAAGGUAGACUUUGACGCAGACUUUGGUGCAAAGUAUGGCAUUGAGAAGGGUGUGCUCACGAACCCUGCUGAGGGUGAGGUGUUUGCGCCCGUAGCAUUGUUCCUCGAGGCUAUCGAUCUUGUGCUGCAGCGACUGAAGGAGCAAGGUGCGGACUUCUCGAAAGUACAGGGUAUUUCUGGCGCUGGCAUGCAGCAUGGAACUGUUUUCUGGAGCCAGGAUGCGGAGCAUUUGCUUGCGAACUUAGAUGCUGGGAAGACGCUGCUUGAGCAGCUUGAGGGUGGUGCAAAGGGUGAGAGGAGAGGAGCGUUCAGUCACCCUUUCAGUCCCAACUGGCAAGACGCAAGCACCCAGAAGCAGGUCGAGGCGUUCGAUGCGACUCUCCAUGACCCGGUGAACCUCGCUGAAGCCACAGGAAGCAAGGCACACCACCGUUUCAGCGGCCCCCAAAUCCUCCGCUUCCACGACAAAUACCCCGAGGCCUACAAAGCAACCUCCCGCAUCACCCUCGUAUCCUCGUUCCUCGCAUCCAUCUUCCUCGGCAAGAUUGCUCCCAUGGACAUCUCGGACGUCACCGGCGCGAACCUCUGGGAUAUCAAGAACGGGAGAUGGCAUGAAGACCUCCUCGCCCUCGCAGGCGGCAGCUCCGGCGUCGAAGACCUGCGUCAGAAACUGGGCUCCGUUCCCGACGACGGCGGAGCAAGCUUUGGCACUAUCUCUCCCUACUUCAGCGCGCGCUAUGGCUUCCCCUCGUCGGCCCAAAUCAUCGCUUUCACAGGCGACAACCCGUCGACCAUCCUUGCGCUGCCUCUCAGGUCUUCAGAUGCGAUUGUGAGCCUGGGAACGAGUACAACGUUCCUCAUGUCCACCAACCAGUACAAACCCGAUCCGGCAUACCACUUCCUCAACCACCCGACGACGGCGGGACUGUACAUGUUCAUGCUGUGCUACAAGAACGGCGGCUUAGCACGGGAACACAUCCGUGACGCUAUCAACGGCGAUAAGAGCCGCAGCUGGGACAAGUUUAAUGACGUUGCUACGAGUACGGCUGUGCUUGGCCAGCAGUCCAAGGAUGACCCGAUGCGUUUGGGGCUUUUCUUUCCGCGCCCGGAGAUCGUGCCUGCGGUUAAGGAGGGCGUGUGGCGGUAUACUUACACACCUGACUCUGGUCUAUCGAACGCAGAUAGUGAUGAGAAGGCGUGGCCUGUACCCGCAGCAGACGCAAGAGCGAUUCUGGAAUCUCAAUUCCUCUCCCUCCGUCUGCGCUCGCAGUCGCUUGUUGAGCCGCAAGGAGACCUGCCAGCGCAGCCGCGCAGGAUAUACCUCGUCGGCGGCGGUGCAGCCAACUCCGCCAUCGCCGAACUCGCGGGCCAGGUCCUCGGUGGCUCGGACGGCGUGUACAAGCUCGAGAUUGGUGGCAAUGCAUGCGCGUUAGGAUCCGCGUACAAGGCGGCUUGGGGUGUGCAGCGAGGACAGGGGGAGAAGUUUGAAGACUUCCUUGAGCAGAGGUGGAAUGAGGAGAGUUUUGUCAAAAAGGUGGCGCGGGGGUACAGGAAGGGCGUGUUUGAGCAGUAUGGUGAGGCACUGAAGGGCUUUAAUGGGUUGGAGAAGGUCGCUAUUGAGGAGAAGGGCGAGGGUAAAGCUGACGAUCUGGCGAAAGACUUAGGUCUUGAUGGCGGAAUUGUGAAGAACUAAUUGAUAUAGGACGAAAAUCAAGUUCUAUCUGUCGGCAGAGAUUGGAUACCCUGACUCCACGCCCAACCAUCGACUCAGAUCUCCCCAAACCCAGGCCCCUAACCCGGCUGUGGACGCUUUGCCAACUUCUCCCCCCACCUCUCACACCCCUUGAUCUCCUCUCCCAGCCCACUAAACCCCUGUCUAUAAACUUUCCGUCCAGCGAGUUCAUUCGCAAACGCCAAUCGCUCAUCGAUUCCCCACUUCGGCUGCUCAACCAGCGUGUACAGCAUACCAG